AUGAAUACCCGGGACGAGGACGAGGACUUGGACGAUGAGAACGACGUAGUGAGUAGGGAGGACAACGUCCUACGAAUGCAGCUCGUAGUGGCAAAAAAAGCUCUCCUACCACUUCCUCCUCCACUUAGUGAUCUUGCCGGGUGCAGUCCGAGUUACCUCACAUCCAAGUCAACGACAGCGACUUUCACAUUUCCGGAUACUCCUAAUCUGAUGGCUGACAGUAUCACCCACCAAGACGAAACUCUGGAUAAUCACAGUCGCAGACCAAGUAACAGCUCGUUGACGGCACAAUUAGGCGGACCAAGUCCAUCAAAAUCCCAGCUGAGUGAUCUUGUUCGUUCGAUCGGCACCCCGGAAGUUUCUUUAAUCGGUACCCCAGCAAACUCACCGGUAUUUCGAAGACAAUCUUCGAUAAGUGAAAGUAUCAUCAAGCAUUUGAGGAAUAUCGCGAUGUCGGGAGACAGUGCAGUUAUUACAGAUGAAGGUGAUGGAGAGAAGUGCGCUUUCAGAGGCCGAAAUAUGUUUUACAGACCCGGGAAAAAUGAUGAUAAUAGAAUUAAUGUUGAUAUCAGAGAUAGUACGAGUCCGAAGAAUAAAAAGGCCUCUGCUGCUUCUGUCUAUCCGAGGUCUUCUGAUCUUACUGUUCGUGAUGCUUUUGGACCAAAAUUGACUCCAGCAAUGUCUGAAGUUAAUUCGUUAGCAGUGACGCCAACCCUUGGAGAUGGUCCAUUUGAUGACGAGCAAGCAGCUAAAAACAUAAAUCAACAGAAUGGAGCUGCUGGAGGUUCUCAUGAUGUUGAACCUGAUCCUGAAACACUUUUUUUUCGGGAUGGUCGGAGGCGUAUUGACAUGGUAUUAGUUUAUCAAGAAGAAACCGAGGGUGUAAUUACAGAAAUAGAAGCAAGGAAGCGAGAGCAACGACGUGUUUUCCAAGAAAAUUUACUCAAAGAAGGCCUACAGAUGGAAUUGGAACCAAAAGAAAAUUCAUUUGACGGAAAAACAUUUUUCCUAAAACUUCAUAUUCCCUGGAAAAUAAAAAUUCAGUACGCUGAAGUUAUGAAUAUUAAACUUAUUACCAAAAGAUUGAUUACUAUUUCAGUAAAGGCAUGGGGCGAUGACGGUAUAAAAAGCAAAAAAAAAUUUUGGGAGAAGCUAAAUAUGGGAAGCUGCUUAGAUUUAUUGAAAAAAAUUCACUCGUGGGACACUAAAUUAUAUCCAGAAGAGCCAAGCUUUUAUGCUGGUCAAGACGCCGAUAGUCAAGAAGAAAGAUUUCUAGUGAAAGAUCGAGAGUCGUCAUACACGCCAGCUCAGAGAUCGUUGAUCGUGAUGCAAAUUCUAUCACGAACGCGGUACGAUGAUGUACACGAAAAAGCAGGGAUAAAAAGGAUUAUUGCUGAUGGAACUUAUCUCGACUGCUUCAGUCUGCAUGAAGGACCUUACGAUCGUCCUGGGCCUGAUGGUAAGCAACCUUUGUGGCUGAUUCGACGAUAUUUCGGCGAAAAAGUAGCGUUGUACUUUGCCUGGUUGGGUUUUUACACACGUGCUCUCUACCCACCGGCAAUCGUUGGAUUACUUUGUUUUAUUUAUGGACUUGGGAGUAUGGGUGGACCUGACAAUGUGCCUAGUCAUGAAAUCUGUGAUCCCAAUAUCGCUGGGAAUAUAACAUUAUGCCCAUUAUGUGAUAAAGCUUGUUCAUUCCGGAGAUUAGGUGAUUCCUGUAAAUUUUCAAGACUUUCAUAUCUGUUCGAUAAUCCUUCAACAGUUUUCUUCGCAAUAUUUAUGUCAUUUUGGGCGACAAGUUUUCUUGAGCUUUGGAAACGUCGGCAAGCUGUUAUUGUUUGGGAAUGGGAUCUCCAAAAUGCAGACGGUGAUGAAGAUCCAAGACCUGAAUUCGAAACUACUGUUAAAACAUUUAGGAUAAAUCCAGUUACGCGGGAACGUGAACCUUAUAUGCCUCUUUGGUCAAGAGUCUGGAGAAAUAUGGUUACUGGAUCGCUUGUAUUUUUUAUGAUUUGCGUAGUUCUUGGUGCUGUUCUCGGAACAAUUAUUUACCGAGUAUCAUUAAUUGCAGUAUUUUACGGCGGCGGUGGAUCAUUUAUCAGAAGACAUGUCAAAAUUUUCACAUCGACAAGUGCUGCUCUUCUUAACUUGAUAAUAAUUAUGCUUUUAACGCGAGUGUAUCAACGAUUAGCCAAAUGGAUGGUUAAUAUGGAGAAUCCAAGAACUCAAACUGAAUAUGAAGACAGUUUUACUUUUAAGAUAUUUAUUUUUGAAUUUGUUAACUUUUAUUCCUCACUUGUUUACAUUGCUUUUUUUAAGGGAAGAUUUUACGCUCACCCUGGUGAUACAGAUGCACGUUCUUCGGAGUUUUACCGCAUCAAAACCGAUGUGUGUGAUCCAGCUGGUUGUCUUUCCGAACUAUGUAUACAAUUGGCAAUAAUAAUGGUCGGAAAACAAUUAUUCAAUAAUUUCCAAGAAAUAUUAACACCGAAACUAGUCAAUUGGUGGCGUAAAAGAACUCACCGCGCUAGAACAAAAGAUCAUGAUAGACAUUAUACUUCUUGGGAACAAGAUUAUCAGCUUCAGGAUCCUGGUAAAUUAGCACUGUUUGAUGAAUAUCUCGAGAUGAUUAUUCAAUAUGGCUUUGUAACACUUUUCGUUGCGGCUUUUCCUUUAGCACCGUUAUUUGCUUUGCUAAAUAAUAUUGGUGAAAUAAGAUUAGAUGCUUAUAAAAUGGUUAAAGAAGCACGAAGACCACUAGCUGAAAGAGUGGAAGAUAUAGGCGCUUGGUAUGGAAUUCUCAAAGGAUUAACAUACGCAGCAGUAGUAUCAAAUGCAUUCGUUAUUGCUUAUACUUCAGACUUUAUUCCAAGAUGUGUUUAUGCGUUUGUUUAUUCACCGACAAAUGAUCUUGUUGGUUACAUUGACAGCUCAUUAUCUGAGUUUAAUACGUCUGAUUACCGUGAAGACAUGAUUAAUCCUUCGGAAGAACCGCGACCCGCAACAUGUCAGUACCGCGGUUACAGAAAUGGUCCAGAUCAUAAGGGAGAUCCAUAUGGCCUUAGUCCGCAAUAUUGGCACUUAUCCCGUGAAAGAUUACUGGCCCAAGAAGCUAAAUAUGAAAAAGGUGUUAAAGGCAAAGAAGAAGAAGAUGAUUUGAUAAAUGUACUGAGAGACGCAGGAGCAGUUGGCCGGCAUGGUGGUGUCAAGUACGGCAGUUGGACCCGAAGGUUCAGUAAGCUCAGUGAUAAUUUAGAUGCUCAUAUAAAUGAACCUAAUUUUAAUAACAAUAAUGAUAGCAACAAUCAGCAUAAGAGAAUGAGUGAAGCUUCAAGUACUUGGGAGAUGUCAUAA